CUUAGAAAGGAUUUUUAUUUGUAACCACAAUUUUUAAAUUGACGCUAUUCAGGGAGAUAUCUAUAAAUUAAGAUCUACCUGUCUUUUUAAAAAGUCACUAUAUAAGAUCAAAUAUCAGAGCCUAGUCAUCACAGUAUCCUUAAGACUCUUGUUGGGAAGCAACGAAGAUAUUAUAAUUUUUAACGUACAUAAAAUUUAUUUGAAGCGAAGAUGUUUUUAGAUGACCAAAAUUUGCCAAAUCCUGAAAACGAUUAUGCGAACAUAGUACCGGACUCGAUUGGAAUGGAAUCACCACCAUGGACUCCAAUAUCAAAUAAUAUCAAUACAAUUGAAAAUUUACCGUGUUCUGCACUCAACUGGAAAAUUUAUUUAGAAGAUCUCAUGAAAGCGAAGAAGGAACGUCAGAAGCGAAUAGAACGGGAAUCGGAAAAAGUAUCUGAAUUUCUGAAACGUUUUCCCUUAGUUGAUGAUUUUGCAUUGUAAAUUAUAUUUGAAAA